AUGGACAAUGCAGUGAUUCGCACGCAGACCAUCCCCCACUCCCAACUCGGGUUCUUGAUGUGGAUCUUGACGACCGCGGACCAGUCAUCCAACUCACCUUGGGUGAAGGUCGAAAGGGCAAAUACAUCACUCUCAGUCAUAAUGAACGGAAUCCCAAUAGAGAGCUUGCCACAGACCUUCAAGGAUGUGGUGACUGUUGCGCGUGAGCUGUCUGUUCGUUUUGUGUGGAUCGACAGCCUAUGUAUAGUCCAAGAUUCUGCCCUCGACUGGGAGGUUGAAUCCAGAAGGAUGGGGGAGUACUAUGCGAACUCGCUAUUGACCCUGGCAGCCAUCAGUGCCUCCAGCAGCUCUGGGGGUCUCUUCAGCAGAAGAAAUCCUCUGGAGCUCAGUCCAUGCCCCGUGGCGAUUAAGCUGCCUGGGUCGAACUCUUAUACCUUCGGGUUUUCUAAACCUUCACGAGUCGAAGAUCCCAGCAAGAGGACUGACGGUUUUCAGCGUCCACCACUUUGGCAACGCGCCUGGGUCUUGCAAGAACGGCUCUUGUCUCCGCGCCUUUUGAUGUUCUCAACAACUCAAAUGAGUUGGAGAUGCAGGUCAAAGGAAGCGUCCGAACAGACCCCGGAAGGAUCGUCAAUGUGGAUUGGUCGAAGUAACGAAGAUCGAGUCGUGAAACCCAUCUUGGACCGACUUCAAAGACAAGAUAGCGGUGCUACAGAACAGGUAGCCUCCACUACAGAUCCCGAUAUAUCGGUAUCCGAUAUGAAAGACAUAUAUGAUGCUUGGUAUGAUCUCAUCAUGCUUUACGGCAAAUGCAACCUCACGUAUGCUUCCGACGUCUUCCCUGCCAUUUCCGGCAUUGCAAGUUCCAUCUCUCGCGCCUCUGGAGACUGGUACGUUGCCGGGUUGUGGAAGUCCGACCUCCAUCGUGGGCUCAUGUGGACGGCUCCUGACUCUACCUCGUCGAGGGCGGACCUGAGGGAAUACCGCGCGCCAUCCUGGUCCUGGGCAUCAUUGCCGGCCACUUGCACCUUCUUCGUCCGGGAGCUAAUCCAAGACAAGCCAGACGCCAGCUGUAUGGACAUUGAAGACGUUGUGGUGCAUGUCAAGGGAGCGAAUCCAUUUGGGGAGAUCUCUUCUGCAAGACUACAGAUCAAAGCUUUCCUCAAACCGGCAUGGCCAUACUUUCGAGAAGGAGAUAUCGACCCUCUCUUAGAAGAGAUCAAGACCCGCUCGAGAUCCGGAGAUAGCCUCUUUGACCUGAACACCCUGAACCCAGUCGGCAGGUACACCCCCGACAACAUCGAUCGAAGGCACAUCACCCAGAUCUGGUGCUCGCCCGUCAUGACGGAAAUCCAUCCGGCGUCUCGCAUGAAGGAAAAUCAGAUUGGCGCGCAGUGUGUAGCGUUGUACCCACUUGAUAAGGAGAGGAUGGUCUAUAUGCGUGUUGGAUUCGCGUGGGUUCAUGACUUCGAGUGGUUCAGCGAUUGCGUCAAGACAUCCUACUAUGUUGUUUGA